UUUGUUACACACCAUAUCAAAGUUCUCACUUUUUCAAGUACUUUUGCGCUCUAAAUUCUCUUCUAAAGUGUUAAAAUUUCUCCAUAUAAGAAGGACCGACAUCACUCUUUCUUUAUACGUGCCAAUCAAAUAGUAACACUUGUACCUUUGCAAGUACUGUAUUACAAAAAAAAAAAAAAAGAAAAAAAAAAGAAAAAAAAAAAGAAAUAAAAAAAAGGUGGAUAGAUUGAUGAAGGUGUAUUCGAUCCUCAAACCCCAUCCUUCCUUUGCUAACGAAAGUCCCCCGCAAAUAAAACUCUCUUUCUUUUUUUUGCUUUGUUCACCUUGUUGCCCAUGUCUUCUGUUCCCAAACCCUAGUUUCAGUUCUUCGUCCACCAUCCUCCGGCGCCUCCCACUUUUCCGGCCUCUUUCUCCUCCUUCCGCCGCCUAUUUUGCCCUCACUUUUCUCCCUUUUCUCCUCCAUCACUGUUUUCGCUACUGAUCUUCAGAGAGUAUUGCUGGAAGAUUUGAUAUGGCCAGUUUGGCUUCCGGAGAUUCCUCGCAAAUUGGAGCUCCGGAAGUGGGGUCACUCAGAUCACCUCAAGAGAAGCCUGAGGAUGGUGGCCGAUGGUACUUUUCUAGGAAGGAAAUUGAAGAGGAUUCACCAUCAAGGCGUGACAGUAUUGACCUAAAAAAGGAAACAUACUUGCGCAAGUCAUACUGUACCUUUCUACAGGAUUUAGGAAUGAGACUUAAAGUACCUCAGGUAACAAUUGCUACUGCAAUUAUUUUUUGUCACCGGUUUUAUCUCCGGCAGUCCCAUGCCAAGAAUGAUAGAAGGACUAUUGCCACGGCUUGUAUGUUUCUUGCUGGGAAGGUUGAAGAAACCCCACGUCCAUUAAAAGAUGUCAUCUUAGUUUCCUAUGAAAUUAUUCAUAAAAAGGAUCCUGCUGCAAUUCAGAAGAUUAAGCAAAAGGAGGUUUAUGAACAACAAAAAGAGCUAAUUUUAUUGGGGGAGAGGGUUGUACUAGCAACUCUUGGCUUUGAUCUGAAUGUGCAACAUCCAUAUAAACCUCUUGUUGAGGCUAUAAAGAAAUUCAAGGUUGCACAGAAUGCCCUUGCCCAGGUUGCGUGGAAUUUUGUCAAUGAUGGGCUGCGGACAUCUCUUUGCUUGCAAUUUAAGCCCCAUCACAUAGCAGCAGGUGCCAUCUUUCUUGCUGCCAAGUUCCUUAAAGUCAAACUUCCUUCGGAUGGUGAGAAGGUCUGGUGGCAAGAGUUUGAUGUCACCCCACGUCAAUUGGAGGAGGUUAGCAAUCAAAUGUUAGAACUGUAUGAACAAAACAGAGCACCACAAAACCAAGGUAGUGAAGCUGAAGGCAGUGUAGCAGGAGGGGCUGCUAACCGACCCACGUCAAGAACUUCAACUGAAGAGCAAGUACCAAAUAACAAUAUUCCUCAAGAAGUAGCUGCGACUAAGACUGGAACCUUGAAGCCACCAAGUGCUCAGCAGUUGCCUGAUCUUCCAAACAAACACGCUGGAUCCCCUAGAGUAUCCCAUAGUCGGAAUACUGACUAUGGAAACUCAGAUCACAAAGCCCAUGGAGAACCUAGAGCUGUGGAGCCCUUGGUUUACCCUGAGAAUCUGGGUGAUGGUCAAAAUAUGAGAUCUGCCCCAGAGUGGAAUAGCAGUGAAGAUAGUAAAGAAAAGAGUAUUGGGGGAAAUAAAGCAAGAGACGGGGGAGAUUCAAAAGAUAAAUACCAUAAUAAUAAUGUAGAGUUCAAAGAAGCUGGUCAAACCCAAUCUCCAUCAGAAAUGAUUGAGACGAUUGAUACAAACAAGUUGAAGGAAUUAUGUGAAAAGAGAAGGAAGUCUCGAGGGGAUGUGAUUAAGAAGAAACACAUAAUGGAUGAGUAUGAUCCCAUUGUGAAAGAGCUGGAAGAGGGGGUUGAGUUAGCUGCUGCAGAGAGUGAGAAAAUAAAGCAGGAAAAAAAGCAAAACUGGGCUCAGCCCUCCACUCGGCUUGAUAAUGAUAACUCCCAUAAUAUCAAGCACCUUGAGCCUUCUGGAGAUAGGCACCAUACGGGCUCGAAGAGUCAGCAAUCACAUGGACUUGAUGUUGAGAAUGUAGAAGAAGGCGAGGUGUCUGCAUUAGAUGAUUCUAGCUGGGAUUAUCAAUCACCCAAGUCAAAUGAUCGGAAGAGAAAGGCUGGAAGCCCACCGGACAAAACAAGUGAUGGAAAAAGAUGGCAAGGGGAUUUUUCUGAAGAGAAAAACAGGAUUGGCCGCCUUGGAUAUCCUGAUAGGGAUCACAAAAGGCAUGUACAGGAAAAUCAUGCCUGAAGCUGUUUAUCUUUUCCAUGAAGCAUAAUUUGGGUUGUUAGCUUCCUACAUAUUAUUUGUAGUAGAGCAGAAUGCAGCUGCUUGAUAAAAACUAUAGGUACGCCCAGAAUGCCAUAUAUUCGGUACUUCUAUAUGUUAUUCAUUAGGUUUCAAUGAGCUUUAAUUUGUGUUGAAAGGGAAGAAAAAAAAAAAAUUCAUUCUGAUCAGUCAAAAUUUUGCUGUCUAUUUAUAUUGCUUGACCACUAUUUUUCUUUCCCCUUUUGAUUGGAUUACUUGUGGUUCACUACGAUGAUGAUGACUGAUGACAACUGGGUCUAGUUGGAUUGUGUGUCUGCCUUCGGAGGAAGAGUGUUAAUGAGUAUUGGGACUUGUAAUCCAUGGUAAAAAUUGUAGGAAAUAGUCAGUUUAGUUAAUUGUAUUUUUACAUGUAACAUGAUGGGCAUCAACCACAACUUCACAAUUAUAUCUACAUCAUUCCAACUGUAACUCCUAAUUUCUAUUUAUGGCCUUCAUAAUUAUAUCAGAGGCUCUUUACUUUGAUAAUAAAUACACGUUUGAGCUGUA